GAUGAUGAGAUCUCAGGCUGACCAUCCUCAUCACGAUGAAGGAUCCGGUGAUAAAGUGACAGGAUCCAGCUGAACCCAAACGGAGCAGCUGAGCAACAGUGAACUUAUGAUCAGGCUGUGAUGCACACGGGUGACGCCGCGCUCCUGCAAGUCGCAUAACCAAAGACUGGCGUGGGAUCGGUCCCUGCUGCGCCUCAUCUGGAAUAACGUCGGGAAAAUCCAGAAAUUUCAUUAGCGGGUGUGUGUGAGUGUGUGUGCAUGUGUGUGUUUUUUUUAAGGAGGCGAGCGAGUGUUGAGAAUAAUCCCUUUUGGGCAAACGUUUCCAUCGGAAGAGGGGGGGUUUUCUGUACUUUGCAGAAGCCAGAGCAGAUUUAUUCCCAUAGAGAAUCACCAAAUAUAGGCUGUGAAAAAAGGAACCAUGGGAAAGCAGAACAGCAAGCUGACUCCAGAGGUGAUGGAGGAUCUGGUGAAGAACACAGAGUUUAAUGAGCACGAGCUGAAGCAGUGGUACAAAGGCUUCCUGAAAGACUGCCCCAGUGGCAGGCUGAAUCUGGAGGAGUUCCAGCAGCUUUAUGUCAAGUUCUUCCCUUACGGUGAUGCAUCGAAAUUCGCACAACACGCCUUCAGAACCUUCGACAAGAACGGAGACGGGACCAUCGAUUUCCGAGAGUUCAUCUGCGCCCUGUCCAUCACAUCCCGCGGCAGCUUCGAGCAGAAACUCAACUGGGCCUUCAACAUGUAUGACCUGGAUGGUGACGGCAAAAUCACCAGAGUGGAGAUGCUGGAAAUAAUCGAGGCGAUCUACAAAAUGGUGGGCACUGUGAUCAUGAUGAAGAUGAACGAGGACGGUUUGACACCAGAGCAGAGGGUGGACAAGAUCUUCAGCAAAAUGGAUAAGAACAACGACGACCAGAUCUCGUUGGAGGAGUUCAAAGAGGCGGCGAAGAGCGACCCGUCCAUCGUGCUCCUGUUGCAGUGUGACAUGCAGAAGUGAGCCCCCCCCACCCCUACCCCACCCCCGCCCCUUCUUCGCUCGCUUCCUCUCCCCGUCCGUAAUCCACUCACUCUGGACAGCAGCACAUGUUUUAAUGUCUCAUUAGGUUCUCUGCCAUUUCCACAGGAAAAAAAAAACAAUGCUUGGACUAUUUUUCAAUGGACUCGCUUCUUGUGGUUGUAUGCAUGAGAAUGUCAAAUGCUGAAUAAUUUUGAAUAUAGCUAUACGAUAUCAUACAUUUCUAUUUCAAAACAUGCCAAUGUGAUUCGUGCACAGUAACCCUAUACAUUCUCAUUCAACCCCUAGCUUGUAUAUCAGUGGAGCACUGCAUUAAAUUAUGUUCCUGCAGUAUUUAGGAUCCCCAGUGUUCACUGCUGCAACUACUGUACGCUUUACAUGAUAGUAACAAAACAAUAAUUCCUAUGAUAAUUGUAACUGUCUCUGCUAUCCAGACUUGUUGAGCUCUUGGAGAAUAGAGAGGCUCCUGUCUGUUCCAGACGUUUUCACACGAUGGAACCAAGAGGAGUAGGUUCUUUGCAUGCAUAUAUUAUGUGUCAAAAAAAAAUAUAAUCUCUUACCUUUUGCAUCUUUAGGUGGUUGUAAAAAGAGAAACCCUCCGAAAAUUCAUUUAGUAUUGUUGCAUGGGAUGUACAGUAUGUGACUCAUCAGACCAUUAGUUCACCUCCAGUAAUGUGGGAGCAUGCUUCCCUCCAUUUGGUACACGUGUAUGUGUGGCACUUGAGUUUUUGAAAGAUAGCAUUUGGGUUGCAGUUGGCUAAUUACCGAGUAAGACAUAAACACCGUAUUAUGUUUUUGAGAACCAAUAUAUUUACAGAGCAUCAUCCCCCUUAUGAUUUUAUUUGUACUGCUGCCACUUAAUCUGGAGGAGAGGCAAAAAUUACCGCUGUAAUUAGGCACAGUACUCAUGCAUUAUUCCCCACAACGAUCCCAAAUUGGCUUCUUUUUUCAGGCUGCUUCUUUGAUUUAGACUUAAAUAACUUUACUCUGUACAUAUCAACAUGUUUACAGAAAUGAAGAGUACUGCAAAACGACUACAGUCUUGGCUUUUGACCCUGAUGCUGGGAGCUCACUCUCUGGGCCGGGGACCUUGUGAGAGGGGCUCCACUUCCAAUGCAGCAAAAAAAAAAAAGAGCAGGGGAAGAAAAAGCCUCAUAUAUGUUUACUGGACACACUGCAUUCCUGAAACUUUUUUGUAAGGAGAAAAACUUUUUAUUGAACGGUCUCAUCUUCUAGUUUGCAGCGAUCAUUAAAGAUGCAGGACCCUCAGGAGAGGUGCUUGAUGAAGCUUUUGAAAGAGCGUUUCGGUGACAGAGGCAGCAGCUGGUUGAUGAUGUAGGCUAAAGUUAAUGCGGAAAUUCUCUUUCAACAGUUUUGCUUCCCCAUUUCUAGGCUAUGCAAGCACGGACCGAGUGUCUGCUUGUAGUCCACUUACGGCAGUGGAGGUUGCAGAAGCUUUUCACUGUUCUUGUCGAUAACAUAGCAGAAACCAACCAUCACAUUAUUAAUGUCCAUAUUAUUUAUACAUUUCAGUCCAGUCACCAUGUCAGAUUCUUUGUCUAGUAAAUGUUUAUAUCAAAUACGAAAAAUCAUAAUACAAGUGACUGUAUUCUUUUAUACAUGUGGCAUGUGUUGCACCCAAACUUAAUUCUGUAGUGAUUAAAAUGAAUAAACCAUCAACAGGCUUUUUUCAAAAGA